GGUGCGGCGAGAGCCAGCGGGGCCAGGAGGCUCGUUCCAGACCCGAGAGGCGAGCGGGGCGGCAUCUCCGGGUCGCCGCACAGACACUCGGGCGCCCUCCUCGAGUCCCAGCUCCAGCCCCUCCGGCCAGCAUGAGGCUUCUGACGGCCGCGCUGCUUCUGCUGCUCCUGGCGCUGUGCGCCGCGCGCGUGGACGGGUCGAAAUGCAAGUGCUCCCGAAAGGGGCCCAAGAUCCGCUACAGCGACGUGAAGAAGCUGGAGAUGAAGCCAAAGUACCCGCACUGCGAGGAGAAGAUGCUUAUCAUCACCACCAAGAGCGUAUCCAGGUACCGGGGUCAGGAGCACUGCCUGCACCCCAAGCUGCAGAGCACCAAGCGGUUCAUCAAGUGGUACAACGCCUGGAAUGAGAAGCGCAGGGUCUACGAAGAAUAGGGUGAAAAGUCCGAUGGGAAAACUUCACACCGGUUGGGAUACGAGCAAAAGACUUUGCAGAUU